GCCAUGAAUCCGUUGCUCCCCUCUUGACUUUGAGCAACGCCCAUCUCAUGGAUCUAGCAGCCACAACCAUCACUGUGAGCAUCGGGAGCACGCCGGCUGCUUCGCACACGGGGCACCAUGCAGGCCCAUCAAAGAAGGCCCAGAUGGCGGCCGGUUUGAUAGUUGCUUGCGUCCUUAUUAUCGUCUUCACUCUUGCCUCCAUCGCUGGCGGAGUGUAUCUCUACCUCAAAUGGCGGCGCGAGAAGCGCGCCGAGGGGCAGCGCGCUCGGUGCGAACGGGGACAGGGACCGCAGUUACCUCUGCCGAGUCUGCAACGCAGCCGAAGCGACAAGCCCGGAGUCAAGGAUGGCACGGGCGACUACCCUCUCGCAACCCUUGACUGUGAGGGCAAGUCAGGAUUCCUGCUAAUGGCAGACCACGACCAACGCGACCGGAGCGCGUCGUCGUCGUCCGGCUCGAGUCAGGGCAAGCAGCCGCUCUGGUCCAGAUCACCGCUGGACGGCGCCGAGCUAUCAGAGCCACGCGAACGCCUGCCCCCAUACUCUCCCAACUGA